AUGUCUACCGAACAGCAUCCGGAAGCAACCGAAAGGACCCUGGAUGCGACACCCGCAGUUGCUGUUGGUUGCGUCGAAUGUCGCACGCGACGACUACACUGCGAGACGGACGCCGCAAACCCUCGUCAAGCUUGCGGAAGCUGUGUGCGUAAUGGGUAUAUCUGCUCUAAUUUAACGAGUACUGCGACCACUCCACGUCGACCGCGUUCCGCGCCUCGAAACAGAGUACAGAAGAACAAAGAACGCGUCUCGACACGGACAGCAUGCCACUGGUGUCGUCGUCAAAAAGUUCGCUGCUCGGGUGGGACCCCGUGCGGCGCGUGUUCGAUUCGUGAUCAACCUUGCGUAUAUCCUGCUGUCAACAAAGGACCGCUCGACGACGACAGCCCUGCGACGCGAGAUGACUGGGAAGCUGGAUUACCGCGAUAUGAUGUCCCCGGUCAUGACCAACAGCAUGGCUCGCCAUCUUCUAACUUGCGGCCUGGUCAAAUUUAUCAAGCUCCAGCUCCGAUUGCGCGUCCAUACGCUCGACGACUAGUCACACAGAACAUUAAUGAAGACUAUCAUUUGGGUCUAGACAAGGAAGUCAUUGCAGAGUACAUUGAAGCUUUCUUCAGGUUUGUGUAUCCAGUAGGCUGCAUGGGUUUUCUGCAUCAAGCAACAUUCCUACGUCAGUGGCAUACCUACACAGUAAAUUUGUCUCUGCUCAAGGUCGUCUGCGGGUCUGCUCUUCGGGUGUUUUCAACAACACAAGAAGACAAUGAGCGAGCGGCACAGUGGAUGCGAGAAGCCGAAUUGGACGCACUUCAGAAUCUUGACGAUCUUACCGUUCCUCGUCUACAAGCUCUGACUUUGCUCGCCUUUUUCGAAUUCAACUACCAUAUACACUCCAAAAAGGCACUGAUGUUGCUUGGGCUUUCAUCUCGUCUGGCCUUUGCCAAGCGUCUCAAUCACGAAGACCCUUCCCUUUCCGUAGUCGAGCAAGAAUCUAGACGACGCUUGAUGUGGUCUGUAUUCGUUCUUGACAAAUUUUGCUCUGGCGGAGUGGGCGAGUUGACUUUAGUCCCUGCCGAGUAUAUGGAGAUCCGCCUUCCCACAAUCGAAAAGGCUUUUGGGUUCGGUCAACGUACUGAUACUGAAGUGCUUCGUCCUCAAGUUCAAGAGGGUAUACCUGUCAAUCAUGCCAAGGGUAUGGAUGAAUUUGCAUAUACUAUACGUUUCUUGGAUCUGUUACGCAAUAAGAUUCACAAAUUCGCCAAGCGCGUGACCUCCUCUGACGAAAGCCUUUACCUUUCAGCGCAAGAACUUUUUGCAUUGGACUCGGAUAUUGAUGCUAUCGAACAACAGAUUCCAGACGACCUCAAGUGGGACAAGGCACAUCUGCAAAAACGUAUCUACGCACCAGGUCUCUCAGGUUACAUCAUGCUACAUACUUGGCGACUGCAAUGCAAACUCGACUUGCACCGUCUGACAGUGUCAGGAACAAAGGAAUGUGUCUCAGAAACAGCUCUCCAGAGCACGCCUAUGAACUUUUCUCAGAAUCUGAGGCUCAAAUGCUUGUCACAUGCCAUCGAGCUUACAAAGAUGUGGGCAGAGGUGCUCGACCUCGGUCUUGCGAAGCCUGUCCAUGAUCCAGCCAUUGCUGGCUGCGCACAUCAAUGUGCAAAGAUCUUGACCCUCAUCCCCGAGCAAGUCGGCUACUCUGCGCCAGGUCAGGAAAACAGAGUUGGUGCUGUGCUGGUAUGUCAGAUGAUACUCGAACCACUCAAAGACAUCUAUUCCAAGGCCAAGAUUCUGUAUGUUGAUGUGUGUCGCAUGAGAACGGAGCUCAACACUCCCUCGGCGCAAGAUGAUUCAACGGCUAUGCAACAUAAUGGCACCGGCGGGCACGGCGUUGAUAUCGCGAUACAAGCGAACGACGAGGACCGGGUCAGAACUUUACUCAAUCAAUACAACAGCUGA